GCCCGGGGGUGCUUCCCGGGGCUCCCUGGCGUGAGUCACCGCGGGCAGGGCUGGCUGCAGCGCAUUCUUCCGCGGGGCCGGCCUGCGAGACGGUGCGGGCGAGCGCCCGCGCAGGGCGGGACCUCGAGUCACCCCACGGGGCUGGACAGCUGGGGCAUCGGGGGCAACAGGAGCGCGGGCUUCUGAGAUGGGAGGGGACGGCCGGGGACCGGCCGGAGCGCGGACGUGCGGGUCCGGACGGCUGGGCUUGGGGAGGGUAUGGCCUGGGGCGCGCGGGGCGCGGGCGGGCGGGGUGGCCCAAGGGCCGGGGCGGGGCGGGGCGGGGAGGGGCAGCUAUAAAGGCCGCGCCGGGGCCACGAGGAGCAGAUCCGGCGCCGCCACCGCCCAAGCUGCCUCUCGCAUUGCCGCUCCCAGUCCUACGCCCGGCACGCCAUGAAGUCCCCCGACGAGGUGCUACGCGAGGGCGAGCUGGAGAAGCGCAGCGACAGCCUCUUCCAGCUAUGGAAGAAGAAGCGCGGCGUGCUCACCUCCGACCGCCUGAGCCUGUUCCCCGCCAGCCCCCGCGCGCGCCCCAAGGAGCUGCGCUUCCACUCCAUCCUCAAGGUGGACUGCGUGGAGCGCACCGGCAAGUACGUGUACUUCACCAUCGUCACCACGGACCACAAGGAGAUCGACUUCCGCUGCGCGGGCGAGAGCUGCUGGAACGCGGCCAUCGCGCUGGCGCUCAUCGAUUUCCAGAACCGCCGCGCCCUGCAGGACUUUCGCAGCCGCCAGGAACGCACCGCACCCGCCGCGCUCGCCGCACCCGCCGAGGCCGCCGAGGCCGCCGUGGCCGCCGCACCCUCCGAGCCCUCCGGGCCAUCUCCGCAGCCCAAGCCCCGCACGCCAUGAGCCCGCCGCUGGCCAUACGCUGGACGAGUCGGACCGAGGCCAGGACGUGGCCGGCGCUCUCCAGCUCCGCAGCAGCAGAACUUCCCGUGCGCGCGGAUCCUUGCUCCGUUGCACGGGCGCCUUAAGUUAUUGGACUAUCUAAUAUCUAUGUAUUUAUUUCACUGGUUCUUUGUAGUCACAUAUUUUAUAGUCUUAAUAUCUUGUUUUUGCAUCACUGUGCCCAUUGCAAAUAAAUCACUUGGCCAGUUUGCUUUUCUACCAUUCGGCUGUGGCUCAGUGAGGUUCCUGCUGGGAGGGUGGAGGCCCAGGAAUGGGUGGGCAGGACACCCUCAUCCAGUCCUGCGGGGCUGGCGUGAAAGGCGCUGGGAACCGGCUUUGAAUGAAUAAAUGAAUCGUGUCAUCUGC